GGCAACUAAACAAAAUACAACAAAUAGCUAUAACUAACAGAAACACAACAAAUCUACGCCAACCAUUAAACUUCCCGAAUUACACAAAUUUUAAUUUUAAAAACAAACACUAAUAUGAAUACACGUACUGAUUGUUCACCACGAAUUAUAAAAAGGAUAAGCAGCAAAGAAAAGACAGGCGAUGCAUCAAAAUAUGGAUUUUACCGACACAUUAACCAUCUAUCUAUUAUAAGACUAGAUAAUGAAGCAGAUAAACUGAAUUAUUCAUCGUGGUUAACUCGAUUGGAUAAUGAAACUUCAGAUUUAAAGAUGCACCUUAUCAAAAUCUUAUUUAUAUCUUUGAGAAGUGAAAAAUCUUUUCAAAUCUUUUUAAAACCGCCACCCGAUGACCUUAAAGAUUUAGAGUUGAGGUCUGAUAAUACGAUGGAUAUGGUUAAAUGGUUACAAGAUAAUAAUAUACCUGAUGAAUCGCCACCCAAGGAGAAUAAACAAGAGAUUUUACACAGACGUUCCGCAGCUGUAGCUACAAACAUGCGCUCUUACACAACAAUUAAAACUUCACCAUACUUUGUACAAUCGUUUUAUGUAAGGUCAGAUUGGCCAAUUUAUACGUGGUAUAAUCCAACCUCUAUUGGUUUGCCGAGUAACCAUGAUCAUAACCAAUGGGAGCUAUUUCUAAAUCGUUUUCAAAUUGUAACCGAGGAUAAAAAUGCCAACAAUAAACACAGAAACGAAUGUGAUGAUAUUAUUCCAAUUGACCAAGUAGCAAAAGAAUUAGCGAACACUUUUAAUUGGCAUCCUUAUAGUAUACUGAUUAAUGAAGAAACUAGACCCAAACAAACGGCAGGUUCCAUUGCAAUUGAUAAAGAUGUAGGAAACCAACUAUGUAACCAACAGCAAAUUGACGAUGCUGCAUUUGCAAUAGUAUCUUGUAAAAUAUUUCCUGGUAAUAAGAUAUUAAGCCAGAGAAUGUAUUCUGAUACACUCAUUCCGGACAGAAAAUUCGUUUUUCAAAUGACGGGUGUAACAAUGAUUGAUUAUUCCAGUCUUAAGUUAAAAAAUGACGAAACGCUACCGUUUAUUUGCAAGCUAAAAGAAAGAAAACAGGCUAUAAAAAACCGCUGUGGAGUUAAAGAAAAAACACCGUGUCCGUGUGAAAAACCAAUGAUGGUCGUUGACUGCAGUAAGCCAAAGUCGCCAUGCUCAACAACAGCGGCGCAAAACACAAAACAAAUUAAUCAGACUAAGAAGCAAUCGAAUACUAUUUCAAUUAUACACAAAAACACAUGUAAUGUUAAAACUGAAAGCGAUUCCAAAUUUAGUAACUUGAACAUCACGUAUCAGGAAUGUAAGUCCAGCUCUAAAUGUCUGAAGAGGAGCGUAAAGAAAUCUAAGUCAGUCGAAAGCUGUAAAUUUCCCAAGGAAGCCGACUUGAACGUUGACGAUAACAAUGAAUCGAAGGAUCACACAAAUUGUCCGAAGGUAUUGAACGCGGGUAAAUCGUCGUUCAACGACAGUUCGAAUUGCGAUUGGACCGUGUCCAGUGUGGAGAUAACGAUGACAGAACCCGAACGGGCCUGCAGCAGUACGCCGCCAAACUGCAAAGCCAACAACUGCACGUUGAUCUCGCCGGAUCAGGUCGCGCGCGUCGAGCCGGAAGACCAGAGCGCAAGGAAGUGCAGCGGUGUGCAGAAGACGCCACCACCGGCGGCCGCGAAGACGCCAAACUGCAGCGCCAACAUCUGCACGUUGACCGCGCCGGAUCAAGUCGCGCGCGUCGAACCGGAAGACCAGGGCGCACGGAACUGCAGCGGUGUGCAGAAGACGCCACCGCCGGCGGCCGCGAAGGCGCCAAACUGCAGCGCGGACAUCUGCACGUCGUUGUUGCCGGAUCCGGUCGAACCGAAAGACCAAAGCACACGGAACUGCAGCAGCGUGCAGAAGACGCAGCCGCCGCCGGUGGCCGCGAAGACGCCAAACUGCAACGCUAACAUCUGCCCGUCGAUGCUGACGCAUCAGGUCAUGCGCGUCGAACCGGAAGACCAGAGCGCACGGAACAGCAGCGGCGUGCAGAAGACGACGCCGCCGGCGGUCACGACUCCUCGCCAGUGCCCGAGAACCACGGAAGGCGUCCGAGAACCUCAACCUCAAGAAAAUUGCCGUCAACGGUCUCUCGGCAUUCGAGACGGCACCAGCUCGGAACCGACGGAGAACGGCGGACGCGCGGACCCCGUCUGCAGCGGCGGUUGUCGACGAAAGAGCGCCCCCGAGCCGCGCGACAGGUGUGCAAGUGCACGUGGUCCGACGGCGGACGACGGGCGGAAGGCAGGACAGUGCCCGGGCAAAGACCAAAACCGCACGUGUCAGGCGGCGUUUGCGGAACAUCGGCCCAAGACGCCGAUGGAGAACGGCGGUCGUCGGCGAACGCCGCCGGGGCGGAGGAUGAGCGCCCCACAGCCGCGGGACACGUGUGCAAGUGCACGUGGUCCGACGACGGACGACGGGCGGAGGGUAGGACAGUGCCCCGGCAAAGACAUGAACCGCUCGUGUCAGCCAGCAUUUUCGGAAUAUCGGACCAAGACGCCGAUGGGGCCCGGCACUCCGGCGGUGUCGGGUUCGGACAGGAGUGCCAGCCAACAGCAGCAACAGCAGCACGAUCGCGCAGGGUCCAGAAGUGACGACAGAUCCAACACAGCCGCUGCUGACCUCUCCUGGAACCCGGAAGUGAGCAGCUAUUCCGCGUUCUCGAACAGUCACGUGAUGGAGGACCGGUUUCGGUUCCUGACGUCCGAGAGGAUGGUCGACGACCGUCCGGCGGCGAUGCGCUCGCCGCCGUCGUCGCCGUUGCUGCCGGCCAACGAUUUCCACAGCGCCGCGGCCGCAGCGGCCGCCAACUACGACAAUGACCUGUCGGACGACAGCUUCGGCGCGAGGAGCGACUGGUCGGCCGAACAGGGAUGUCCGUCGGGGGUCCGGCCGACCAACCGAUUCGACGACGACAACAACAACAACAACUACUACUACUCCUCCUCGAGCUCGCUGUCGACGUUGACCUCGUCCGACAGUUCGAUCGAUAUGCGGAUCGCGGCGCGUCGUCCUCUCAGCCGGAACGUGAACUACGAUCGUCGGACGGAACGUCUGAUGUCGACCAACAGCAGCGACCGAUAUCCGUUCAACAGCAGCCUGUCGCCGAACCUCGCCGACGUCGGGCUGCGGCGCGCCUCCCCCGUGGUCGCCGACGUCUGGCCACCCGCCCGCGAACUCGUCGAGGACGUGAGCAUGCCGGGAAAUUUGGUCACCGGGCCGUGGUCGUUGUCGAUGAGCGAUUCGAGGAGCGGCCGUUACCUGGAAUCCAGUGACGUCGGAGCCGCGGACCAGUACCACAAUAAUUCUUGUUCGGAGGGCGGUAACGCGUCCGGGCGGGACGACUACGGCGGAUCCGAGACCGACGACGGCGACGACGACGCGGGCGCGGCUUCCACGAGCCGUAGAAAUUAUUGACCAAACCGGAAGGAGAGAGAGAGCUCACGAUAUUUCAUUACACAAUAUAACGCGAUUUUAUAUGUGCGAAAA